UAGCCAUGUUUAGUAUGGGAUUAUUCAUGGCUUUGCAAGGGAAAAUAAUUGCAUGUGGAGCUGCAUUGACAAUUUAUGCAAUGAUUUUGAGAUUUGUUGUUGGACCAGCAACAAUGGCACUUGGUUGUGUUGUAUUGGGCUUGAGAGGAAAUGUUUUACGUAUCGCGAUUAUUCAGGCUGCAUUACCCCAAGCAGUGACAUCUUUCGUAUAUGCUCAAGAAUAUGGACUUCAUGCUGAUGUACUUAGCACUGCGGUGAUUGUUGGCACCAUAAUUUCGUUACCUCUAUUGAUAGCAUAUUAUGCAAUUUUGGAUAUUAUGUCUUAAGAUCCGACCAUGAACUAACUAGAUAGACGCUAGUAAGUGUUCGUGAGACAUCCGAUAAAAUUAGAACGAUAUAACCAAAAGCUAGUAAGAAUGUUACUAAUUAAUGGGUACAACUUUGCUUGUAAUUGUAAAUUUGUAACAAUUUUUGUUAUCUAUUUAUGAUUUCAUUCUAGAA